CUGAAUUAAUAACUCUAUAUACCGGAGCAGCUUUCAAUCCCCCUAUUCUAAGGCUGGAAAUGGGUACCUACCCCUGAACCAUUUUAGAUGUAACAAAUAGAUUUAUCUUCGCAGGCAAUAGCCUUGUCCGAAUCCAUUGGGUCAUACGCAUGUAAGAACAAACAUUGGAAUAUACAGGAUUAGUUAUCGGAUCCUACACCAUAGUGCCUGCCUACAUUGCUAUUGUAUCUACACUUGCCGAUCAAAGGAUCAAAGAUGCGAUAGAAAAGUUUGUGGGUAUCAAACAACGAAUAUCCAGGGAAGGAGAGGCUACAUUCUAUGUCCUAUGACCAUUGAGAUAAGGCUCUAUAUGUCAGGUGUGACUUGCAAAAGUUGUCUAUUGCAUUGCUCUUCCUGUUCCAUCCUUAGCAGUCCCCAAGAUAUUAUAAAACCGCAAUACUUCUCGCUCCCUGCUACUUUAAGAACCUAAACUCAUACUCGGCAUUUCGACAGAUUGAGCUCAGUGAUAUACCUCGACUUCGAUUCUUCUCACACACAUCUACCUACCUUCGAGUCACCUAACCUAACCUUCUGCACCGGUCUACCGAGUUCUCUAUUCACAAUGAAGGUCUCCGUUUUAUUCAUUGCCGCCGCAGCGGCCCCUGGAGCUCUUGCAGACUUCUGGUUGAACUACUUCAACAAACCCGCCGUCAACGACUUUGAACAGGGCACUGCUGGCGGGAUUUUUGUCGCUAACCCGCAGAUUACCUGCGACAACAUUUUCGGUAUUACUGUCUUUUUUAACUCUGGCGACGUUAGCAAAACUAUUGGAAUGCGCACCGUCCCUGGCAACGACGUCGGUGCGCCCUUGUUCCGUGACCCCCUCGACAUCGUUGAGUUCAACACGGGCGACCAAGGCCCCGGCCAUCACACUAUCUAUGCAGACCGCGGCUACGCCAUGGUAGACCCUUCUGGAACGGUUACUGGCCAUUGCCGACUAGACCGUAGUACCACCUACCACUUUCAGUGCCCGGAUGGCCACAGCGAUUCCGUCCAUGUCCAGGGAUCUUCGAUGUUCUUCUGCACUUCCGACCUUGGGCCCGGUCCUAGAGAGUGAUCUAAGAGAUAUGCUGGCGGAAAAAGAAUAGGGAGGAAGAAAAUCGGAAAAUCUGGAGUGGCGCUUCGGCCAUAUACCUAAAGACCGGACAUGAUGGCAUUGGAAAUGUGUUUAGCAAGAGGUCGCCUAGAAAAUGCGCAAUUGAUGAUUGUUUGACACGAUACCUAGAAGUGAUCCCUUCUUCCUAACGUUGAUUUGCCAGACCAGAUGGAUACUUAAGCCCUCGCGGGCUAAAUUUUACUAGAUUGCAGGCCAUAUUUCGUUCUUAACUCUCCCUGGGACGAGUUGUGAAAACUUCCAGGUUCUCGUUUCCACCAAUACCCCA